AUGUCGGCCCCCGAAGGCUACAUCGAAGGGUUUGUCUGCACCCUGGACACCUGCUCCGUCAAAGAUUGGGGCUAUGUCCGGUACCGGCCGACAGUGGCCGGCAAUGCAGUCUUCCUGGCUGUCAUGGCCAUCCUCGCCAUCGCUCAGGUGUACCUGGGCAUUCGGCACAAGACGAGGAUCUUCAUGAUCACCAUGUGCCUCGGCUUGGUUACCGAGACGGUCGGCUACAUCUCUCGAGUGCUCUUGAAUGGGAAUCCCUUUAGCAGAGACUACUUCUUGUGGUACCUAAUCACUCUGACUAUCGGCCCUGUCUUCAUCGCCGCUGCUAUCUACCUGACUCUUGGACGGCUCGUUGUUAUCCACGGGGAGGCCAUCAGUCGGAUUAAACCUCGAACCUACACGACCUUCUUCUUGGGAUGCGACAUCGUCAGCCUUGUUGUCCAGGCCGUCGGCGGAGGCAUUGCUGCUUCUACGCCUGUGACUAACCAACACAUGAUUGAUGUAGGAACAAACAUUCUGGUCGCUGGCCUCUCCAUCCAGGUUGCUUGUCUGUUCGCAUUCUCCGCCUGCAGUCUCGAGUUCUUCUGGCGCGUCAGAAAGCACCCGGAGCUUCACAACCCCGAGUUCACCGACCUCGUCCACAGCAAGAGAUUCAAGCUGUUCCUCUUCGCUCUCUUCGGUGCGACCGCGUGCUUGUUUAUUCGAACCGUCUUCCGAUCCGUCGAGUUGAGCGAAGGCUUCGCCGGGAAGCUCGCGAACCAAGAGAUCGAGUUCAUGAUUCUCGAUGGAGUCAUGGUUAUACUUGCAUGCCUCUUCUUGACUAUCUGGCAUCCCGGGUAUGGCUUUGGGAAGCGGUGGAACGAGGCGGGAUUCCGAUUCCGUACCUCUAAGGCCAGGAUCGAUCAGGAGGAAACUCCACAGACGGUUUCUUCUGGUGGCAGCGAGAAGUACUGA